ACUUCAUUUCCGCCACCACUCCACUACUUCCGGAACCUCCGGAAGCGGCCCGUUGCCAUGGAGGCCGUGUACACAGCUGGGCUGUCGCGCUCACUGGUUUUAGCUCGCAGCAGUUGCAGCGGUCGCGCUGCCGCAAGGCUGCUACCUCCGUCGCGUAGUGACCGAAGAUGGACCCACAUAUGGAGAUUCAGCCACUCUCUGACUUCCAACCAUGACCAUCACCACCAACCACCAUUUCAUGAGCUUCUGCUCUGUGCUGGGCACUGUUCUGGACAUUGAGGGGGGAUUCAAAAGAAAUAAAAGGCACAGUCCUAUCCCUCAAGCAGUUUGUAACUUAAUUUGGGAGCUGAAACCCACUCAAAUGAUGCGGCGUAAGAACAGUAACAAGAAUUAUUUCACUAGAAUGAAUACCAAAAAAAAAGUGCAUGCGUUUGUCCGCGUCAAACCCACUGAUGACUUCGCUCACGAAAUGAUCAGAUACGGAGAUGACAACAAAACCAUUGAUAUUCACUUUAAAAAAGACACUCGGAGAGGCGUUGUCAAUAACCAGCAGACAGACUGGUCGUUCAGGCUGGACGGAGUUCUCCACGACGCCUCCCAGGACUUGGUUUAUGAGACGGUCGCGAAGGAUGUGGUUUCUCAGGCCCUCGACGGCUAUAACGGCACCAUCAUGUGUUACGGGCAGACGGGAGCUGGCAAGACCUACACCAUGACGGGGGCGACGGAGAACUACCAGCACCGGGGGAUCCUCCCUCGUGCCCUGCAGCAGGUUUUCAGGAUGAUCGAGGAGCGCCCCACACAUGCCGUCACGGUGCGGGUCUCUUACCUGGAAAUCUACAACGAGAGCCUGUUUGACCUCCUGUCCACCCUGCCCUACGUUGGACCUUCAGUCACGCCAGUGACCAUCGUGGAAAACCCUCAAGGGGUCUUCAUUAAAGGCCUGUCGGUGCACCUCACGAAUCAGGAGGAGGAUGCGUUCAGCCUCCUCUUCGAGGGAGAAACCAACAGGAUUAUAGCUUCCCACACGAUGAACAAGAACUCAUCCAGGUCGCACUGCAUUUUCACCAUCUAUGUGGAGGCCCACUCACGGACCUUAUCAGAUGAGAAGUACAUCACUUCCAAAAUUAACUUGGUGGACCUAGCAGGCUCGGAGAGGCUGGGGAAGUCUGGGUCUGAGGGCCGAGUCCUGAAGGAAGCCACCUACAUCAACAGGUCGCUGUCAUUCCUGGAGCAGGCCAUCAUUGCCCUUGGGGACCAGAAGCGGGAGCACAUCCCCUUCCGGCAGUGCAAGCUCACCCACGCCCUGAAGGACUCGUUAGGGGGAAAUUGCAAUAUGGUCCUUGUGACAAAUAUCUACGGAGAAGCUGCCCAGUUAGAAGAGACGCUGUCCUCACUGCGGUUCGCAAGCAGGAUGAAGCUGGUCACCACUGAGCCUGUCAUCAACGAGAAGUAUAAUGCUGAGCGAAUGGUCAAGAACCUGGAGAAGGAGCUGGCACUGCUCAAGCAGGAGUUAGCCAUCCAUGACAGCCUGGCCAACCGCUCCCUGGUGAACUACGAUGCCCUGGAUGAAAUUCAGAUUGCCGAGAUCAACUCCCAGGUGCGGAGGUACCUGGAGGGGACGCUGGACGAGAUUGACAUCAUUAACCUCAGACAGAUCCGGGAGGUGUUCAACCAGUUCCGGGUGGUUCUGAGCCAACAAGAACAGGAAGUAGAGUCCAGUCUGCGCCGGAAGUACACACUCAUAGACAAGAAUGACUUUGCAGCCAUUUCUGCUGUCCAGAAGGCAGGGCUUAUAGAUGCUGAUGGUCACCUGGUUGGCGAGCCUGACGGACAAGGCUUCGGAGUUGGGGUUGCCCCUUUUUCUGCCAAAUCCGGGAAGAAAGCCAAGUCCAAGAAGACAUUGAAAGAGCAGCUCGGCUCCGCGGCAAGGAAGGAUGGGGCCGGCAGCCCUGUGAGCGGCAAGGACGUGGACAUUUCCACCUCCAAGACCCAGCUGACCGCAUCCUCCAAAGAUGGAGAUGUGAAAGACAUGCUUUCGCGGGACCGGGAGACCUCCAACUUCGAGACCCUUCCCUCCGAGUCGCCCAAGGAGGAACAGCGCCCACCCAGGCCUAGCACCCCACCCUCCAAGCCUGUGGCCUUUGAGGAUUUUAAGAACGAGCGAGGGAGUGAGAUCAACCGCAUCUUCAAAGAAAACAAGUCCAUCCUGAACGAGCGGAGGAAAAGGGCCAGCGAGAUCACACAGCGCAUCAAUGCCAUCAAGCAGGAGAUUGACGUGACCAAGGCGGCGUUAGAUUUCCAGAAGUCACUGCGGGAAAAGCAAGGUGAGUAUGAAAACAAGGGGCUGAUUAUCAUCGACGAGGAGGAAUUCCUGCUGAUCCUGAAGCUCAAAGACCUCAAGAAGCAGUACCGUUCCGAGUAUCAGGACCUGCGUGACCUCAGGGCUGAGAUCCAGUACUGCGAGCACCUUGUGGAUCAGUGUCGCCACCGCCUGCUCACAGAAUUUGAUAUCUGGUACAACGAGUCCUUCUUCAUCCCCGAGGACGUGCAGGUGGCACUGAAGCCGGGCAGCAGCAUCCGGCCGGGCAUGGUGCCUGUCAGCAGGAUUGUGUCUCUGGGAGAAGAUGACCAGGACAAGUUCAGCCAGCUGCAGCAGGUGAUGCUGCCUGAUGGCCCCGAAUCCAUCUCCUUCUACAAUGCCAAAGUCAAGACAGAACAAAAGCACAACUACUUGAAAACCAUGAUGGGCCUCCAGCAGGCACACAGGAAAUAGGGACUCACCGCCAGCGCCUUGAAGGACAAGAACCCUAGCAACUCCCGCCCGCUCUGGUGGGGCUGCCGAACCACCCGCCCCGAGUUCCAGCCGGUGUGCUCCGAGGCUGGGGCCCAGCUCGGAGAGGACACAGCGGCCUGCCUGCCUGCCGGGAGGAGGAACAUCCUUCCUAGGGCACCGUUGUCUGUCUUCACAGAACACUUGGGGUUUGAAUUCACUGUCUUGUAUGCAGGGACAAGAUAAAAGAACUUUGUAGUCUGGACUUGAAGUGCUUGUCCAAGUCCUUAUUUUAUUCUCUGUCUGGGAGGAUGUCUUUCCUACGCACAGGUGAGGUCAAAACGGGAUCUUCAGUGAGAAAGUGCAAACGUAGCUCAGCCAGGCUCCUCCCAGCAAGCCUUUGUCCCACUGGUCAGCCUCUCUCCUUCCCUGCAUGGACCUCCUGGGGGCCAGUGGGGUCUCGGGAGCCCUGGUUCUCACCGCUCCCGGUCUCAUACUAGGUUUUCAGAGCAUCCUCGGUGUAUUCCUGAGCCAGUGAAGGCGGGGGACCCUCCUUCCCCAUCAGUCAGAUAGGACUGGGUCUAGGAAAAAUGGCUAAAGGCAGAUUUUUAUCUCAAAACAAGAGGAGCC